AUGACGCGCUGCCUCCGAUCAUGCCAGGCUCUGUACGUCGGCACGGUGCGGAGACAGCCCGCCUGCGCGGCCACCGUUCGGGGCGUCAGGAAGGGCGAGGCCACAACGUGCCUGGAGGAAGCCGCCGCCACCGCCAAGGAGUGCGAGGACGGGUUUAGGAGGAGCAAGGCGGCGUCGCCGGUGACAGCAGAGAACCAUAACGCGUUCAUGCUCGCCAAGCUCGCCGUCGCGCCGCUCGGCGAGGUCUAUGCUAAUAAAUGA